AUGAGGUUAUCGGAGGAUCUGCUUCUCAUACCUUGUGGAAAUCCAUCGGCAGUGAACAAGUUGAAUGCUCUUUUGAUAAUUUAUUGUGGUGCACGGAUAUAUUUUACGAUCUUACGUCAUCUGUGGGUCUGCUUGCAAUCCUUGCCUUCCUCUAUAAAAGACCAGCAGAAGCGGAAACUUGUGUAUGACCAACCUAUUUCAGGAUCAGUGUCUGCUCGGAUCUCACUUUCUGGUAUUGAAAGUCUACCUAAUUCAAUUCAUCUUUCUGAGUCAUCCUCCUUCACUCAAUUCUCAGUUCUUCCGAAAGCAUAA